AAUAAACGUCUUCAGCUCAAGUCACCCGGCAACUGAUCUGUUACAUAGGUCAAGUGCUCUGUGUUGGCAAGGGGCCACGCUGGCUUUCAGGAACCCUCUAACCCCCCACCACCCCAAAAAAAAAACACACACACGCAAAUACUUUCUUCCAAACAAACGUACCAUUAAAAAUGGAAAAUGAAAAUAGAAAUCACACAGAUGGACUUCGCGAAGUAGCAUUAGGCUAGCGGUGAGCUUAAGCAUAAGAAUGGAUAGACUAUAGAAAGGGAAUUGGAGGAGAAAAGUGAGCGGGAAACGAUGGAGUGCGCGGCCAAGGGAAGGGGAACGCGUUGCAUCGGGCCGCCUACUCGACGCUGUGGUCGCUGCGGAGCUGUUGCUUACUGCUCCGUCGCUCACCAGCUUUCACACUGGGUUGACCACAAGGAAGAAUGUGCCAGAUUUGAACAGCAAAUGGGGUCUGCAGAUGUUUUGCAUGAUUUCCCGUUCACAUUCUCUUCAGAAGCUAUGGUUGAGGUCCAUGAAAGGCAGAAAACUAGGUGUUCCUUCUUUAUGAGACAAGGCCUUCAUCAAGUAGGAAUGUGGAGAUAUGAAUGUCAUUGUGGAACAUCAGUUGCUGCUUCUGAUUAUCCGAGGAUGUUCUAUGAUUGGAAUCUUCCAAGCAUGCAAUGUCCAUGCCGUGAGCCAAUAACUCCAAUAUCAAUGUGUUUGACUAAUUGGAAAGACUACUAUGAAUGGAGGUGCCUCCCUCUCCAUUCACCUGUCGCUUUGCUUCUUCACUGGACAUUUACCGUAUAUCAUGCCUUACAACUUGCUGCUAUAAGGAACUCAACUAAUGACAGUAGCAACAAACUGUACAUACACUAUCUAGGGCCUGACACAGAACUGCUUCAACUUGCUGUCUUUGGGGAGUUGAGAGCACUUUUUCCUGGUAUUCAAAUUCAUAUAGACCUUGUUGGACCAGCUGUUCCACAAUUUAGUAGGGAUGGAGAAAGGAUUAAUCUCUGCAGUUAUGCUCGCUGUAUGGAGAUGGACUGCCCUUGUAAAUCUUCAACUGAGAAUGCUAGCUUUGGAGUAUCAAAUGGCACAAAUUCAGCAGUGACUCUGCAACUCCACAAAGGUUUUUAUCAUGAGCGGUAUAGAGAAAUAGUGGAGGAUUCUUUUCCUCAUUUAAUUGUUGCUCCAAAUGCUGGUAUUGCUGCCUAUGCUAGCUGGUUACCAACUAUAGAGUUUAUAAAGGAGAUGAAUAUACCAGCACUUUUUUCUGACUACUGCGAAGAGGCUGCAAAUAUGGCUGCUCGUUGCAUAAGCUCUGUAACUGGCCAUCCUCUUCAGAUUCCUAUUCAACUUAACCCAUUCAGGCAGCCGAUGGCGAUGGAAGAUAGUUCUAUGUUCCUCCCUUGCUACUCAAAUUGCUUCAUCUUCGGGAUCUAAAGUGGGCGCCUUUGAAGCUUUGUCUUCCAUUUGAAGAUCCAGUGUUUGCUGCAUGGAGUCAUGGACUUAGUAUUUCCACCCAAAGAAAACAAUGGAAACAGAGGUCUCAAGUCCCAAGAAAGGUCAUUCAGUUUAUUUCCUAACGUUUUUGAACGCAGGAAUGAUAGGGAAUUGGAGCAUUAUGAUAGUCCAAGGUGCUGCUCAAUUAAGUUCAGAAAAAGCAAGAAGAUAGUAUUAGUUUUUUCAUUCAAUGAAAGCUUAAAUUAUGAGAAUCUUCAUUAGCCUUGGUUAGAGGUCUUGACAAUUAACAAGAUGGACUUUCAUGUCCAUACAAGAGCCUAGUAGGAGACAUCGUAACCUUUUGAUUGCUCCUAUUUCCCCCCCUCCCCCUCCAAGUUCUUUUAGUUUAAAGGUAAAAAAAUUAAAAUAAUUUGAAAGUGAUUUACCAUUAUAUAUUUAACAAAAAUUCUUAUUGUUUGUAGGUA